UCCCACCUCUCCUUCCAGCCCUUAUGGGAACAGUCUAUAAACUCCAGUGGGGCUUCCUCAAAGAGGCCCUGGAAGUCACCUUUAGGGGAUGACUUCAUUCUUCUCCACAGCCCAGUUUUGCUGGUUGUUUCAUCAUCGGUAACUAUAGGAAGGAUAGAGGUAGGAAUUUUCUUGCCUCUCCUAUUUGCUGAUGGGGGACUAGAGACAAGAUCCAGAUGCCCCAGUAUCUAGAACCCAAUAUUAUAAAUUAGAGAGGAUUCAACUGGGAUCAGAGCCUUGGUUUCUAGUUCCAGCCCUGUCAACAGCAGAUUCUAUGAUGUGGGUCCGUCCACUUCCACCCUUGAGAGUGCAAUUCCUCUAUUGUGAAGGGACUGGCAUUGGUUAGACAAUGUCAGGUUGCUGCUAGGUGCUCACACUUCAUGUUCUUGGCACCAGGAAGACUUUUCCAAAGAGAGGAAGAUCCUGAAGUACUUCCUAGGUAUCAUGGAUCCGCUCAACCACACGUGGACCCAGAGUUUCAUCCUCUCUGGUUUCAGUGUCCCCGGAACCCUGCGACCUCUUGCCUUCUUGGGGACCCUGUGCCUCUAUCUCCUCACACUGUCCGGGAACCUGUUCAUCGUUGUCCUGGUCCAGGUGGAUGCUGGACUGUCCACGCCCAUGUACUUCUUCAUCGGUGUCCUCUCCUUCCUGGAGCUCGGGUACGUCAGCGCCACGGUGCCCACGCUGCUGCACACGUGGCUCCGUGGGCGCUCAGUCAUCUCGGCAGCGGUGUGCUUCAUCCAGCUGUACGUCUUCCACUCCCUGGGCAUGACCGAGUGCCAUCUGCUGGGCGUCAUGGCGCUGGACCGCUACCUGGCCAUCUGCCGCCCGCUCCACUACCGGGCACUCAUGACCAGAAAGGUCCGGUUCUGGCUGGCAGGGGCCGCUUGGGUGGCUGGCUUCUCAGCGGCACUGGUGCCAGCCAGCCUCACGGCCACCCUACCCUUCUGUCUGAAAGAGGUGGCCCACUACUUCUGUGACCUGGCACCGCUGAUGCGGUUGGCGUGCGUGGACGCAGGCUGGCACGCUCGAGUGCACGGGGCGGUGAUUGGUGCGGCCACUGGCUGCAACUUCGUGCUCAUUUGGGGACUCUACGGGGGCAUCCUGAGGGCCUUGCUGAAGCUGCCCUCGGCUGCCAGCCGGGUCAAGGCCUUCUCCACCUGCUCCUCCCACAUGACCGUGGUGGCCCUCUUUUAUGCCUCCGCCUUCACGGUCUAUGUGGGGCCACCUGGGAACCGCUCUGAGGGCACAGACAAGUGUAUUGCCUUGGUGUAUGCCCUUCUCACUCCUCUCCUCAACCCCAUCGUCUAUACCCUUCGCAACAAGGAAGUGAGGGAGGCCGUGAAGAGGGUCACUGUCAGGGUCAGGACUAUUCUGAAGGGACCCUGACGGGCUGAAUUGGUCACAGCUCAGCUGCUUGGCCACAGUGGGAACCGGCCGGUUGGUUGGUCAAUCAUCUGGUCAGGGUUGAAGUCCACACCAGUGAACGAAUCCAUCAGAUUAUUUGUCGAACGUGCUGCAGACGCACACUAGGGGGACAUACCUGGGUUCAUCAGACGUGAACAUGUAGGGAGAAGGGAGGUGUGUGUUCGAUUGCAUUCCAAUCUAACGGGGGAAAAAAUGCCACAGAGGAGAAAGGAAAAAACCAGGGACCCCAUGCAAAUGCUUCUGCUGAACUUCCAAUCUGGGGAGACAGAGCAACGCUGAGCAGAUGAAGAUAAUCUAAAGCUAAGGUGGGGGCGGAGCGUUGCCCAGA